GCCCAAACCCGUUUCGGAUCCAUAGAUUUAAACCCUAAUCUCUUGCCUCAAACUCUUCGUUUCUUCUCUCGAUUUCGUAGGGAUCUUGUUCCAGCUUCGGCUUCAGUUUUGCAGCGAUUGGGUGCUCAAGCUGUAAUCUUUCUGAUGACAAGCGCUUGGACAAAUUUGAGCUUUGCAAUCAAACAUAGGGAAUAUAGAGUGGGAGUGGGAGAAUCGGGGUGGAGUUGUGGUUAUUUUUUUAAAUAAUUGGAGAUUCUUCCUCACUCUCAGAAGGAUUAUGCUUGCUAAUUUUCUGGAAAGGAUGAGGAGAGCAAAUUUAUUUUCAAUAUUGUUAUAGCUUUGGAGCAUCUUUGGAGCAAAUGAGCAAUGGAGCUUGUGGAGCACGGCUCUCUUCAAGGAUUGCUCUCUUGAACUGUACAAUUUCUCCAAUCAAAUAUGAGUAGUCGCUUUUCUCGCACAAUCUAUGUUGGCAACCUGCCCGCUGAUAUAAGAGAAUCAGAAAUUGAAGAUCUGUUCUACAAGUAUGGCCGCAUAAUGGAAAUUGAAUUGAAGGUUCCUCCUCGCCCUCCAUGUUAUUGUUUUGUUGAGUUUGACAAUGCUCGAGAUGCUGAAGAUGCAAUUCGGGGUCGUGAUGGUUACAACUUUGAUGGUUGUCGAUUAAGAGUGGAGCUCGCCCAUGGAGGCAGAGGGCCAUCAUCAAGUGACCGACGUGGGUAUGGUGGUGGUGGCGGCGGCGGUGGAAGAGGCGGCGGCGGUGAUAGUGCUGGUGGGGGCCGUUUUGGUGUCUCUCGCCAUUCUGAAUUUCGAGUUAUUGUUCGAGGACUCCCAUCUUCUGCAUCCUGGCAGGAUUUGAAGGAUCAUAUGCGAAAAGCUGGUGAUGUUUGCUUUGCUGAAGUUUCCCGUGACAGUGAAGGGACUUUUGGCCUUGUUGAUUACACUAAUUACGAUGACAUGAAAUAUGCUAUUCGGAAAUUGGAUGACACUGAGUUCAGAAAUCCUUGGGCGAGAUCAUAUAUUCGGGUUAGGAAGUAUGAGAGCAGUCGUUCAAGGAGCCGCAGCAGAAGCCCCAGCAGGAGCAGAAGUCCGAAAAGGGCCAGAAGUAGGUCUUUGGAGCGAUCUGUUUCUAGGUCACGGUCUAUUUCCAGAUCCAGAUCAGCAUCACCAAUCAAGCCUGCCAGGCCACGAUCACCAUCACGUUCAGCGUCUCCGCGAUCACCGCCGCGAUCACCACGCCAGGUUCUGUCUGGUAGCGGUUGAUUUGCUGACAAAUGCAGGCGGAUCUCUGAAGCUCCUGCAUUAUUCUGGGAUAUUGGAAUUAUGUUUGAGUGGAUUUGAAUUAUUUAAUGGAUAAUUACUGUACCAGAGUUGUUUUAUUGGGUUUAAUCAGUUUGGUUACUCUGUAGGGCUUAAACUAGACUAGACUUGCUGCUACCAUUUUGGUCUUGUUUUUCUAUUAAACAUGAAUGUUGGAUAUUUGCCUGGCUAUUGUCCUUUUUUCAACACAAGGUAUAAUACUAUUAGCAUUUUGAGACAUUUUUAA